ACUAGCGGCCCCGCCCGGGCGCCCAGUCCCCUACCGCCUGGGUCUCACCUCGCCAUGGUUCGUCUGCGUCUGCAGUGUGUCCUCUGGGGCUGCUUGCUGACCGCCGUCCACCCAGAACUACACACUGAAUGCAGAGGACAAAAAUACCUACUAAACAGUCAGUGCUGUUCUUUGUGCCGACCAGGAGAGAAACUGGUGGAUGAGUGCACAGAUGGCAUCGACACAAAAUGCCGGCCUUGCGGUGACGGCGAAUUCCUAGACACCUGGAACAGAGAGAAAUACUGCUACCAGCACAAACACUGCGACCACAACCUAGGGCUCCGGGUGCAGAGGCAGGGCACCUCGGAAACAGACACCACCUGCGCCUGUCAAGAAGGCCUACACUGCACCAGCGAGGCCUGCGACAGUUGCGCCCCCCACAGCUCGUGCUCCCCUGGCUUUGGCGUCAAGCGGAUCGGUACAGGCAUUUCUGACACUGUCUGCGAACCCUGUGCAGUCGGCUUCUUCUCCAAUGUGUCAUCUGCUUUCGAAGAGUGUCACCGCUGGACAAGGUGUGAGACCCAAAACCUGAUAGAGCUACAGACAGGAACUGACAAGGCUGAUACUGUUUGUGGUCACUGGGAACGGCCAAGAGCCUGGGUGUUGAUCCCCAUCACGCUGGGGAUCCUCUGUGCCAUCGUCCUCUUGGUGACUGUCUACAUCAGAAAGGUGGUCAAGAAGCCAAAGGUUAAGGCCCUUCACCCCGAGGCUGUGUUGCAGGAUCCUCAGGAGACAUUUUAUAUAGACGAUCAUGCUGGCCCCAACCCUGCUGCUCCAGUGCAAGAAACCCUGCACGGGUGCCAGCCAGUCACCCAGGAGGAUGGCAAAGAAAGCCGAAUCUCAGUGCAGGAGAGACAGUGAGCUGUGUGUGCCCAGGAGCGUGGCAGCGUGGGCACCUGCCAGAGAGCCUGGGGCUACCGCGGUGUGAGAGUGAGGGGCCAGCACUGACCGGGCCCGGCCCCCUUCUGCCUGCACCCCUGCGGCCGGGACAGAAGCCCUAGCACUGGACACAGGAACAGUUCACCUUGGAGAACCUCUCAUCCCAGCCCUGGAGCCCAGCCAGUCUCCAACUUGGUUUUAAAGAUGGAGGCAAAACUUAGGUGGUGGUGACAGGGGUGAUACAGAAAUAGCCACCACACCCUCCAACCCAGCAGAUCGGUGUCCAGAGAUGUGUCUUGGUGGCUUCCCUGUGCCCAGGGAGACAUAUACAUGGAGUGUCCUUUGCAGCGUUGUUUGUGAUAGUGUACGACUGGAAGCCACUUAACGGUCCACCAGCAGGAGAUUGGCUCCAUCAAAUUGUAAUAUAUUUAUACAGCAGGAUCUCCAAAACACUGUCAAGUGAAAAAAAAAAGAGCAUGUUGCAGAAUGAUGGGUAUGGGACAUUUUGGUAAAGUACUACGCUUUGAUGUAUGAUAUGUUAUCUAUGGAUAUAUGUAUAAAUAUAAUAUACAUCCUAUAUAUAACAAAGGUUCUGGAAGGACACGCAGAAAGCCCACAACUCAGGGUGGUGACAUCUGGGCUGGGGAAGAAGGGUCUGGGAGAGGGUUGGUUAAAGGGAGAUUUGGGUUUCCCAUAAUGCUUCAUUUUUUUUUCCAAAAGGAGAGUGAAUUCACAUAAUGCUUAUGUAAUUAAAAAAUCAUCAAACAUGUAAAAAGAAAAA